AGAGGAGCCAAGACCAGGAGCGAUGGAGGGGGAGCAGCUCUUCAGCAUCCCUGCUAAAAAAUAAAAAGGCAGCUAUUUUUCAUUUUUUUUUUUUUUUUUUCCCUUUACCCUAACUCACUGUCUCACGCAUUGCAGGCUGUCCCGCUAGUGGGGAGCGUUUGCCAUGGACAACGGUCACGUAAGCAGAUACCGCUUAAGCGUCACCACGAGCCCCCCUCGGUGGGAGAUCGGCAUCUACGCUGCCGGUGCCUUGGCGCUGCUGGGGAUUGCUGCCGUCAACCUCUGGAAGCUCUGGCGCUCCGGCAGCUACCCGGCACCUUCCCCCUUCCCCAACUACGACUACCGAUACCUGGAGCAAAAGUACGGGGCGGCGUAUUCGGACGUCAAACACAAGCGAGGGAUGGCCCCGGGCUCGCAGAGGGGGCUGGAUAAGACCUCACCCAUCCGCAAGACCAGCCUGCGGGCAGACGACACCUUCGAGAGCAUUAAUGAGCUGGGGAGCCUGGAGCUGAUGAGCAAAGACCUGGGCUUGACCUCCUACGGCCCCUUGAAGAAAUCCAUCUCGGCCGACUCCCUCAGCUCCAUCUCCUCCAUCGGGAACAACUUUGGGCAGGAUUUCACGGUGGGGCAGGUGGAGGUCUCCAUGGAGUAUGACGGGAAAGCGGCCACCUUGCACGUGACGCUGCUGCAGGGCAAGGACCUGCUGGAGAAGGAGGACGCUCGCUUCGAGUCCUGCUUCAUGCGCAUCAGCCUGCUCCCGGCCGAGCAGAUCGUCGGCAUCUCCCGGAUUCAGCGGAGCGCCUACGCCGUGGCCUUCGACGAGCGCUUCUCCAUCCCGCUGGACCCGGCGGCGCUGGAGGAGAACAGCCUGCGCUUCUCUGUCUUCGGCAUCGACGAGGACGAGAGGAACGUCAGCACCGGCGUGGCCGAGCUCAAGCUCUCCGACCUGGACCUGGCCACGCGUCCCUUCAGUGCCUGGCUCUACCUGCAGGACAUGAACAAGGUGGGACAGACCCUACCAGGAAGGUCCACCAGAGAUGGUGUCCCCCACUUUCUCCAAAUCGCAGGGGAAACACGUGGCUGACCCCAGGGUUUUUCUCUCCCCCCACCCUGAGCAGAUCCCUUCGUCAAGGUGUACCUGCUGCAGGACGGGAGGAAGAUCAGCAAGAAGAAGACAGCAGUGAAGAGGGACGACACCAACCCCGUGUUCAACGAGGCCAUGAUUUUCUCAGUGCCGGCCAUCGUGCUCCAGGUCUGUCCCACCUGGGGGUCACAUCCCAUUGCUCCUCGAGGUCCCCAAAUCCCUGUGCUAGCGAGGACUUCCUGGGCU